AUUCGAAAAACUCAUUGGAGGAAAAUAGUCAGUAUCAUUAGUUCUCGUGACGAUGGCAGUGACGACGACGAUGCAACUGCUGAGAGCCAACUGCAGGAGCACUGCUAUGACGGGUUGCUGUUCUUUGAUGGCCAUGGGAAGAUAGAGGGGCGAGAGGCGUUGACCAAGCUAGCCCAACACCUCACACGUCUACACUUGAUGGUGAGCCCCGGAGGAUACUGUUUCCAAGAUGCGGCCGAGCUAGGUGAGUACAAGGACUUUGGGGUUCAUUACCUGCGAUUGAAUGAUUUGUUCGAUUGGUCUCGUCAUGGCGUUAAUCUCGCCACGACCAUCGUGUGGCCGCGAUUGAAGUUGAAGUACGUCGUACCAAAGCAAGGGAACCCUUCGAGACCAGCCACCGUAGAGGGAGGAAAGGAUGAAGCAACAGAGGAUGUUGAAAAGGCGAUGGAAGAAGAAACUAUGAAGAAACUGAAUGAGAAGGACGACGAACUUCGAAAGCUAAGAAAGGAUAAGGACGAGGAGUUGCGAAAGCUAUUACAAAAGAAAGAAAUCAAAUUGCAAACAAUUAAAAAGGGGAAGGACGAGGAGCUGCAAAAGCUGAGGGACGAGAUGGAAGAAGAGACAGAGAGGCUAAUAAGGGUGAAGGACGAAGAAGUGGAAAAGAUUGAAAAUGAGAAAGUGGAGCUGCAAAAGUUACUAAAGAAGAAGGACGAAGAAUUGAAGGCUCUUAAGAAGGUGAAGGAUGGUGAAGCUAUUUCGCAAAAGUUGCAGAAGGAAAAGGGCGAGGAAUCUCAAAAACUAACUCGAGAAAAGGAUGAGGAUAUGGAAAAACUACGAAGGAACAAAGAUGAAGAAGAAAACAAGACAAUUGAGAAGAAAGAAAUCGACGACACAUUACGACAGUUGGGCGAGAGAGAUGAUGAAUUGCUGAAGCUAAGGCAGGAGGCUGAUGAGAUGGAGAUCAAAAUGAGGGAAAAGGAAGAGCAAGUGCAAGAUUUGAGAAAGAUGAAGGACUGUGACGAACUUGAAGAGCUUAGAGAAAAACUAUCCUCAAGUUUAGCCGACACUGCACGCGUCAAGGAAGAACUAGAGCAAUGCUGUGAGAAUUCAUGGUCGGAUUCAGCUAGGAAAACUAAAAUCUUCUUGGAGCUUCAGCUCUCAAUGAACCAGGAGGAGUGGCAAAUCCACUCAAGGCAAAGACGCCCUGUGCCACCAGAAACGUUCCGUUGUGAAGGCAUCGAUACUUACUCUGGGUACCGUUACUUUUACGUGCCCAAGAUGAGGGAUGGACAACUAAAUCCAUUUUGUGAAAUAGCUUUAUUGGUGAACGAGGAGAUGACUGCAAGGUCGUUGCUGCCGCCAUUGGUGUACGUCGAAACUCGCAUUGUUGGGCAAUUCGACGUGAACAAUUGGUGGUUUACGAAAGCACUUCAUCGCGAAGGUGGGGUGACAAUGUUGGCGUACUAUGACGGUCAUCGGGAUCACGUUCGGGUUAAUACGCCGAUGACAGAGAGACCGAUUCGACUGCCGUAUUCCAAGAAUGAAGAUGUUUAUGCGGACCGAAGGUUUUUCUUUGUUAGUAUGGGCAACGAAAUCAGAUUGGCCUUCGCCUAUCGAGUAUAG